ACUAGAAAUCACUACCCCACCCAUAAUAGUAGUGCACACAUAUAUUUAUAUAUACAUAUAACAUAAAUCAAUAUAUACCAUGCUAGACUGGAUAGAUUUACAUCCAUAUACAUUAUUGAUUAUAACCUUUAUAAUACUUGUAAGUCAAGAAAUUAUUGGAUUUAUUGGUAAGAAUCAAUUACAAGAAUUUGUGUGGUUAGUAUAUGUUAAAGUGGGGACUCAAUUAAGUUUAUCAGAUUCAUUUAAAUUAUAUUCAACUAAAGUGAGUGAGAUUCAACGUUUGAACAAAGAAAAGAGAUUGAUUAGUGCUCAAGAUGAGUAUGCGAAAUGGACGAAGUUAAAUAGACAAGUAGAUAAAUUAACUGGAGAAAUUGCUCAAUUAAAAGAUGAAUUAUCGAAGAAUAAGUCGAGUAUUAAUUCAUUGGUUAAUUUAUUCAUCACUUUAUUGACAACUGUACCUCUUUGGUUCUUUAGAGUAUGGUUUAGAAAAUCUGCUUUAUUUUAUUUACCUCCUCAUUAUUUACCUCAUACUUUAGAAUGGAUAUUGGCUAUUCCUUUCUUCCCAGUUGGUACUAUUGGAUUAACUGUAUGGAUCUUUGCAGUUAAACAAGUCAUUUCAUCACUUGUAUUCUUAUUGACAUUCCCCUUUGAACAACCAACUUCUAAGCCUGUCAAAGUAGAGAAAGUCGUAGAAGUCAAGAAUUAGCACUUAAUGUACAUAAAUAAAUAUAUAUAAUAUAUA